UUUGUGUGCUGAUUGAUUCACAAAGCUUUCUUCGAUUUGCCUGCUGAUGUGUGUGAUGACACAUUCGCUGAGUAUUUUUGUCAUUUUUACAUAAUUUUUAACCAUUCUCGAAAUUUUUCACUAUUUUUUUAAAACAUUAAGUUAAUUUCGAUGAGCUGUUAAGGACUGAAGUAACACACGGACGGAACCCAUCAGCUGUGGAACACAACACCGACCUUUCGAAUAACAGGAGAGGAUACUGACUGACCGUGGCUGGAAGAUAAGCAGGAUGGACAUGGACAUCCCGUCAGAGGUGGUGGAGCGGUCGGCAAAAGACACAAACAAUGACCACAACGACAACGACAUGUCCCAGUCUGAAAUGACGAAACAACAAGAUGCUAAAUGUGAUGGGGUUGUCAAAUCUCCCGACGUGGGGGACGACAUGUCUCAAGACGUUACCGAGGUUUGCUCUCAAGAAGAGGACCGGACAUCUGCUGCUAAUAGUGGGUUUCUUACCGUGAUCAAAAUGUUGGAUGAGAUGGACGAAAGGGUUGAGAAAUUGAGGUCGGACGCGACGACACUGAUCAAUGAAAAGGAUGAAAUUGUGUCUUCGCUGGAAACGCUUCGCCUUUCGCAAAUAGUCGACCAGUUCCAAGGGAAUGAGCUGGAUGAAAUAAAACGCUACUUGGACCGCAUUGGGACCCGCUGCAAGGCAGUUUCAGUUGGAAUUCGGACGGAAAGAUCGCCCCCGCAAUUGGAAUCACUCAGCACCGUGAACAACAUGAUCGACAGCCUCAUUCGUCAGUCGAAGGAUGAUCCAUUCAAAACACAGCGAAAAUGUGUCACGUACAUUAACACUUGCUCCGAACAAGUGGUGCUCAGUGGGGGUAGCAUUCCUGAGAUUGACUCGAAAUUCGAAAGUGCCGUGUUGGGUUGUACUAUCGAGGAUCAGAAGCAAAUUAAGAAGCGAUUGACGGGUCUAUUUUCCUACUUUAAAUCUACCACCCGAUCAUUCGCCGUGAUGGAGGAGGACGAAGAGGUGGAAGAAGUUAUCAAUGUCAACGAGGCUAUCGUCCGAAGCUUUCAACAACAGUGAAUUGCUACAUAAGUAUAUCACUCAUUAGUUGUGUCUCUCAAAGAAUAUGCUACUACGAUUCCUAUUAGAAUUACUAGGCACAUAUUUAACUUUUAAUUAAUAUUGUACACUAUGUAAUAGUCUGCCAUUAACUACACAAGCGAUACGUUGUAACGUUAUUUAGAUAAAAAGUUGUUGCACAUACAUAUACAUAUUCCAUUAAUUCCAGCAACAACAACUUGAUAGAGUUUUAAUUAAUUAUUGCUCGAGCUACAGAUUUUUGCCAAUCGUAUUUUUCAAUUGUAAUUGUAUUUAUUACCGUAUACUAUUUAAUAACAACGAUACAUGUUCACUUAAAAG